AAACCUCCCCCUCCCCUCAACGUAGUAUUUAUGGCGCGGUUCGAACUUGCCUGCACAAGCUUGUACGACCCCCAGAUACGAUUAGACGUGAUCUAGAGUAAAGACUUCUACGAGCUUGAGGGUAAGAUCAAUGUCGGAUCAAGGUAAAAGCAGAUCCAGAGGCCGUUCUAGAGGUCGGGCACGUCAACCGGACAAUGUAGUACUUGGAGGAGGUUCCGGUCCUCCACCGGCACCACAAGGUGCAUGGGCCCGUCGACCGGGUCCACCACCAGCGCAGGCGCCGCCGGCUCAGCAACCAAGAUUUCCACCACCGGGUUUAGCCCCCGCACACAUGGUGCCGAAUGUUGGACGUGCCCCCCAGCGGAUGGGUGAACGAGACAUUGGUGACAUUGGAAGAAAAAUGCAGGACGUCACUGUUGGAGAUGGUGCCAGCGUAGGUCGUGGUGCAAUGCGUGGCCGGCGUCAAAUUGUCCCGGAGUUCUUGGUUACACGUCCUCAGAAUCUCAUCACAAAACAGGGUAACUCAGGCACUAGAUUAAAUUUGCAAGCAAACUAUUUCAAACUCCUGUCAACUACCGACUGGUGCCUCUAUCAGUACAGAGUUGACUUUGCACCUGAAGAAGAUCGUACAGUGGUUCGUAAGGCAUUGCUUCGACCCCACAGGGAGACUCUUGGCCCAUAUAUCUUUGACGGCACUGUGUUGUAUACAAGCAACCGUUUGCCAGAGAAAAUGGAGCUGUUCUCUGCACGCCAAUCAGAUGAUGCGCAAAUACGUAUAGAAAUUAAAGAGGUUGGAGAUUUAGUCAGGGGAGAUCAGCACUACAUCCAAUUUUUCAACAUAAUCAUGCGCAAGUGUUUGGAUCACUUGAAACUGCAAUUGGUGGGCCGAGAUUAUUAUGACGCAGCGGCCAAAAUCGAAAUUCGUGACUUCCAACUCGAACUGUGGCCAGGAUACAUAACGUCUAUUCGUCAACACGAGCGCGAUAUACUCAUGUGCUCUGAGAUCAGCCACAAAGUGAUGCGUCAACAGACUAUAUAUGAUAUCCUCACUGACUGUCACAGACAGAAUCGCAACGAUUUCAAGCGAGCUUUCUGCAGUCAGAUUAUUGGACAAGUUGUACUCACUGGUUAUAACAACAAUACAUACCGGGUUGACGAUGUCGACUUCGACGUCACGCCGCAGUCUACAUUCCCACUACGGAGCGGAGAACUAAUAUCUUACAUGGAUUAUUACCGUAAUAAAUAUCAGAUAACCGUACGUCAACCUACUCAACCAAUGCUGGUAUCCAGAUCAAAGCCUCGUGAACGAAGAGCUGGCCAGGCAGAGUUGGUUUAUCUUGUUCCUGAAUUGUGCAGGGCAACUGGUAUCACUGACGAAAUGCGAGCACAAUGGCAGCUCAUGAAAGCUCUGUCCGAUCACAUGCGUGUUGGGCCGGAAAGUAGAGUCCAGAAAUUACUAGCGUUCAACCAACGACUUCGAUCGCAGCCCGAUGUCUGCACGGAUUUGAAAGACUGGAACCUUUCGCUGAGUGAUAAACUCAUAGAUAUCCCUGGUAGAAUUAUGCCUUCGGAGAAAAUCAUCUUUGGCAGGGAGAAGAAAGUUGAUGCUGGGCCAGAGGCCGACUGGACCAGAGAACUCCGCAAUGUUACCAUGCUGUCGUGCGGUAAAAUGGACAAUUGGGCUCUCAUAGUUACCAGCCGUGCUAAAAGAGACGUUGAGAACUUCGUUUCAACGCUCAUUCAAGUUUCAACGAAACUCGGGUUCAAACUUCCUCAGCCACGAGUUCACGAGGUGCCAGACGACAGAGCUCAAACUUACGUCGAGGCCAUCGAGGCGAUACUUAGCCGGCUUUCGGUCAACUUGAUCUUCUGUGUCGUGCCUAACAAUCGCCCUGAGCGUUAUUCGGCAAUUAAGAAAAAAUGUUGUUCAGACAGGCCUAUUCCUACGCAGGUCUUUUUGGCUAAAAACUUGACGAACAAAGGGCUUGUAUCCGUUGCCACCAAGGUAGCCAUUCAGAUGAACUGCAAAAUUGGUGGAGCCCCAUGGACCGUUGAGAUUCCAUUGAGCGGACUAAUGAUAGCUGGCUUCGAUGUCUGCCACGACACUGCUUCGAAAGGCCGUGACUACGGUGCCCUUGUAGCGUCGCUAAACCGAUCUUUCAGCCAAUGGUUCAGUGCUGUCAGCCAUCACUCAAACGGCGAAGAGUUGUCCGACACUAUAUCAACGAACAUUUGCAAGGCUCUACAUGCGUACCGGGCCAGGAACAACGCACUGCCACAGAGGAUUGUUAUUUAUCGUGAUGGAGUCGGCGAGGGCCAAGUGCCCUACGUCUACGAGCACGAGGUUGUGCAGCUGAAGGACCGUCUGGCGCAAGUCUAUGGCGAACAAGAAUUUAGGUUGGCAUUUAUCAUCGUUACCAAACGGAUCAAGACUCGUCUUUUCCUGCAGAAGAGAAACCCACCGCCGGGCACAGUCGUGGACGAUGUAAUCACCAACCCUGAGAAAUAUGACUUUUUCAUAGUUCCUCAAUCCGUGAGGCAGGGGUCUGUUUCCCCUACUUCUUUCAGCGUAAUUUCGGACAAUGUGGGUCUCGAAGCUGACAAACUCCAGCGUCUAACAUAUAAAAUGUGUCAUAUGUAUUACAACUGGAGCGGUACUGUCAGAGUGCCAGCACCCUGUCAGUACGCGCACAAGUUGGCGUUCCAAGUUGCUCAGUCGAUUCACAGACCGCCAGCGCCCCAGUUGGAAAAUCUUUUAUACUUUUUGUAGUGUGCAAGGGAGUGUGUCAGAGACUUUUCCAGUACUUAUGUUAUAUACUUGAGUAACGUUUCAUUUAUCACAGAUGCGAUGAGUCUUUCAGAACUUGAUGGUUCCGUUUUUUUUUUGCCCUCGUCGUAUCUGUGUGUUGCCAUCACUAAUAUGAUUAUUGUUAAGCUGAUCUCUUUUUCACGAAUUCUGAAACAGUUCAAUCCACUAGAAUGUAUCCAAAUGUGGAAAAGUAUUGUGAAUCGCUACUUGGGUUAAUCUGAAAUAGAUUCCAUCCUGAAACUAAUAAGGGAUAAAGUUACUUUAUAGUUUUUCACAAAGUAUAACAUAUUUUGGUUUGUGUUUCUUUAAAUACGUUGUAAGCUUUUUACGUAAGUGUUAAUUUAGGAUUACGUAAAGUACAAGUUUCUGGACGGUAGUCGAUAGUUAGAUAGUGAGAAAGUGCGUCAAUUAAACCAGACUUUCGUGUGUUAUAUAGCAACCGUGGGGGGGGGGGGGGGGGGGGGGGGGGCAGGGCGGGCAGGGCGGGCAGGCAGGCAGUAAUCAAUCAAUCAAGUCUUAGUUUCUUGUCACUCACUCGCAUGAUUUUCUGUUGCCUUCAUUGUAUAGCACACGUCUAAUCUUUCAAUGUUUUGAUUUGAUGAUAAAUAAGUAGGUAUUACGCGAAAAAAUAGUUUCAUUAGAACUGAAUUUGAAAAAUAAUCAGUUUUUUCCCCUUACACCUAUUUUCAAAUUGUCAAAGUACAACUAUAAUGUAAACGCUAAAACGCCGCCCGCGUAAAUUUAUUCAUUGUAAAGACUUGAUUAAUUUAGAUUUUCUGUUUGCAUAAUUUGUUCAAAAGUAAGUUUUAUGCAGUGAUAAAUUUACGCUUUAGAGAAAUCUCAAACCGACAAUACCAAAAAUAAAACGCAGACGUGAAAUCAUUCAAAGAACGUUAUUUAAGUAGUCACGUAAGUCCAGAUGAUUGUUC